AUGACAAAACAAGUUGCUGUAGAGAACUUCACACGUUCAUGUGCUGGAUACUGUGUAGCCACAUAUGUGUUAGGUGUAUGUGACAGGCAUAAUGAUAAUAUUAUGGUGAAACAAACGGGCCACCUGUUUCAUAUAGACUUUAAUAAAAUACUUGGCGAUGCUCAGAUGUUUGGAAAUAUUAAGAGAGAUCGUGUAAAGUUUGUGUUGACAUCAGAUAUGGCAUAUGUGAUAAAUGAUGGAGAUCGGCAAAGCGACCGGUUCCAACAUUUCAUAGAUAUGUGUGUUAAAGCAUUUAAUAUAUUACGUAGACAUGCCAACUUGUUCAUCAAUUUAUUCUCAUUGAUGUUACGGUCAGGUAUACCAGGUAUUACGGAGAAAGGUGUAGAGUUUGUACAGAGGGCGCUGCUGCCAGGUCUGACUGAUACCCAGGCUACUUCAAUGUUCACAAGAAUGAUACAGGAGAGUUUAAGUGCUAAAUCUACCCAGUUUAACUUCUUCAUACAUAACCUGGCUCAGAUGAAGUUUUCUAGUCACAAUGAAGGGGCCCUGCUGUCAUUUGUACCUAAAGUUUAUAAUCAACAGACUGAUGGUAAAAUAAAGCAUGUCGAAGUAUUUGGUAUCCAGAAAAGGUAUACACCUGAAAAGCAUUACAUCUACACUUUAAAAAUUGUGCGAGAAAACCAAAAAGUACCAACUUAUAUUUUCCGUAUUUUCCCUGAGUUUGUUGAAUUUAGAAACAAAUUGGCUGCAGAAUUUCCUCUUGUGAAUUGGCCACCACUUCAAGGAAGGGUGUGGUCAGCACCGGUGGGAGGCAAGCGUUGGGUGUUACUUGGACGCAGCCAUGUGAAAGCUGUGGCUGAAAAUAGGAAGUCAGAAAUUGAAAGAUUUCUUCAGGAUCUCUUUUGUGCCUCUGGUGAAAUUGUUCAUUGUGAGCUGGUGUACACAUUUUUCCAUCCAUUGCUGCGAGACGAACAAGAGGCCCAGAAGGAGAGAAUUGCAUUACCAAAGCUAAGAGAAGAGAAUAGAUCAUUUUCAGAGAAGAAAACAUCACCAAAAUCUCCCACGACCCCAGAAAAUCCAAUCCUUGUUCAGUCAAAACAAGGUCAGUUGAAGUUGUCACUAGAAUAUGUCAAAGACACGCUACAUAUAAUGAUCAUGCACGCAAAAGAUCUGCCAAUGGUUGGUUCUGAGCUACCAAGUCCCUAUGUGAAGACUUAUCUUCUACCCGACCCAGAUAAACAGACCAAGAGAAAAACCAAAGUUGUAAAAGAUUCAACCCAUCCAACCUACAAUGAAGUGAUUGAGUACAAACUAUCACAAGACGUGUUAAGACAAAAGCUGUUACAAGUUACAAUCUGGGACCAUGAUGUGCUAAGGGAAAACCCCUUUCUUGGGGCAGUGUAUGUCAGACUUAGAGACAUUGACUUUACCAAUACAGUAUCACAAUGGUAUAAACUGGAGAAACUACAAAUCACAGACACAAAUGCAUUGUAACAUUUUAACUAUUUGUAAACCAGACAGAAAAUGCAAAAUUGUGAUUGGAUGAUUUAAAUUUUGAAUUUAUCAUUGACCAAUGGCAUGGUAGGAUUCAAAGACUGGUCUCAAAAUGUAUUAAUAAGACCAGUAGAUCGAAUCAGCAUUACAUUGUCUUUUUUAAUAUAGAUUUUAGCUUUUAAAAGAAGAUUUGUUAAAAGUGUUAAAGGAUAUUCGAGCUAGAAUGUUUUAGUAUAAAAGCAGUAUGCCUCUAGAUUCUCAUUUUUAUAAAAAAAAUUGAAAAUGUAUUUUAAAAGUGAAAUUUGUGAAAUGAAAAAAAGAAAGUAAUUUACACAUCGAAACUGCACUUCCAUAUCUGCAAAUUACCAAACUGAGGUCUAAAUAGCAAAAUUAGCAACAUACAUUUAUACUGUAUAAGUCGUGCAAUAGAAUUAUGAUGAUAAAUACUAGA